AUGCCGUCGACACUCACCACCGCGGUGCUCACCGCCCUCGCGGCCGCCGGCGCCGUAGCUGCGCUCCCCCAAGCACAAGCCCGCCAGACGCAGACGCAUCUCCUCGCCGAGACGGACUACGGAAGCUUUCAAGGCGCGUAUUCCGAGACGUACAACAUUUCGUUUUGGCAGAAGAUUCCCUACGCCUCGCCGCCCGUGGGAGAGAACCGGUUCCGUGGACCGCAGCCGCCGCAGAGUAUCGAGGGAGUCUAUGACUCGAGCCAGCCGUUUGACAUGUGCCCGCAGCGGACGGUCAAUGGCUCCGAAGACUGUCUGUAUCUUGGCCUCUAUUCACGUCCGUGGACGAAAUCGCAGCCCCUGAAACCAGUGGUUGUGACUUUCUACGGGGGAGGUUUCAUACAAGGCAGUGCUUAUUUCUCGAUCCCGCCGUCCGCGUAUCCGAUCCUCAACGUCUCCGAUGCCUCAGACAUGCUUUUCGUAUAUCCAAACUACCGCACGAAUGCCUUCGGCCUCCUCCCAGGCAAGGAAAUCGCCGCUGACCCCAAGUCCGACCUCAACCCGGGCCUCCUCGACCAGGAAGCCGUGUUGAAAUGGACACAAAAGUACAUCGCGCAGUUCGGUGGAAACCCGGACGACGUCACGAUAUGGGGCCAGUCGGCCGGCGGGGGCAGCGUGCUCGCCCAGGCACUCAGCAGAGGAGGGAAGCAGAAGCUAUUCCGCAAGGCGAUGGCGAGCAGCCCGUUCUGGCCGAAGACGUACCGCUACGACAGCACCGAAGCGCAGGCUCUCUACGAUGAGCUUGCGGGACGGACGGGUUGUGCUGGAGCGGACAGCUUGGCAUGCUUGAAAAAGGCCGAGGUGCAAACGAUCCGGGAUGCCAGCCUCGCUAUUUCGACUUCGCAUCAGUACAACACGUCUUCGUUUACGUGGUCGCCCGUGAUCGACGGGGAGUUUCUGCGGGAACCGUUGAGCGAGGCGACCGAAAAGGGGAACGUGAACAUGGACCUGGCCUUUGCGCUUCACAACACGCAUGAGGGCGAGAACUUCAUCCCGCCCGGGCUGCAGAGCGAAGCGGGGUCGGGGUCGCCUUCUUUCAAUUCGAGUGAGGCGUCGUUUGAGAAGUGGCUGAGAGGAUUUCUUCCCGGAUUUGGUGACUGCGAGAUCGAGGCCGUGAAAAAGCUUUACCCCCCAGCCGGUAUAACGGAGACCAUCUCAUAUAACACCACAUAUGUGAGAGCGGGUCUUGUUUACAGGGACGCUGUGUUAUCGUGCCCUGCGUUUUGGUUCGCUGGUUCGGCGUCGAAGGGUGGGUGGUUGGGCGAGUAUUCGCUCAACCCAUCCAAGCACGCCAGUGAUACCGUUUGGUGGAACCAGGUCAACGCGGUGCAGAAGACGGAUCCAGCCCGUUACCAAGGCUAUGCUGGCGCUUUUGCAUCCUUCUUCCAGACCGGUGACCCUAACGCUCUCAAACUGUCGCCAUCGACGGCGGCCGGAGUGCCCUCCCUGAAAGAAAAUAAAGAAUGGACAAUUGUGGACGCGGGUUUCGCGACCGCUGGGUUGGACCAUUUGGAAAAGAGAUGCGGCUUCUGGAAGAAGACAGCAUCAAAGAUACCCAUCUGA